AUGGAUUCUAACAGUGGGAAGAUGCUGAUGGACACAAAUGAAACUUGGCUCUCAAAUUCCUCCUCUGCUGACUCCUUUGUGGAAGGAGGUGGCAACUUGGCAGGGAUUGGCCUGCAGGAGGUGGUCAUCGGGCUGGUAUUAACCCUCAUUGACUUGAUCACUCUUCUGGGAAACACAAUAGUGUUCAUCUGCCCCGUGGUGGAGAAGAGGCUGCGCACCGUCACCUAUAUGUUUAUCAUGUCCUUGGCCAUGGCAGACUUCCUUGUAGCUUGUCUGGUCAUGCCCUUUAGCAUCAUUUACGAGGUGACGGGGAUGUGGCUGUUUGGGAAGCUCUUCUGCAAAGUCUGGAUCUCCUUCGAUGUCAUGUUCUGCACCGCAUCCAUUGUCACCUUGUGCUUCAUCAGCCUGGACAGGUACUGCUCCGUCGUGACCCCCUACCACUACUCAAGAAGGAUGUCCCGUGGCAGAUGCAUCGCAAUGACCUGCAUGGUCUGGGUAUACUCCUCUCUCAUUUCCUUCCUUCCUGUCAUGCAAGGCUGGAACGAGAUCCCUGGGGUGGACUUCGAUGCAGGCAGAGAAUGCAUCUUUGUCACCAACUGGAUUUUUGCCAUUGUAGCUUCUGCUCUGGCGUUUUUUGUUCCCUUCAUGGUCAUGUGCAGCAUGUACUUCUUCAUCUACCGCGCUUCACGGCUCAAGGCCACCCGGAUCGUGUCUCAGACCCUGGAGAUCCACUACCACCCCAACAGCAAGCGGCAGAACCACCUGCAGCUGGAGAACAAGGCCACACGGACCAUCAGCAUCAUCAUUUCAGUCUUUGUGCUCUGCUGGCUGCCCUACUUUGUCCUCAAUGUCUGGCUCGCAGCAAGAGGCACUGACUCCACCAGCACGGUCUUGGUUGAUGCAUUCAAGAUCAUCACUUGGUUGGGGUAUUGCAACUCCACCAUCAACCCGAUGCUUUAUGCUUUCCUGAACAGGGACUUCCAACGGGCCCUGAAGAAGCUGCUCAUCUGCAGGCACAGGUCUCAAGUGGACAUUGGAGAAGACAUGGUUUCCAUAGCCACGUUUUCCAAGACUGCUCCGGACAUGGAAUAUAGCAUUACGGUGCCAGUGCCCAAUGGUGCUCUGAAAGGCAAACCUAAGUAA